AUGAGUGGCCCCACGGGCAUCACAGAGCUUCAGUGUGUUGUGCUGAUCGGUGAGUCAGGGGUGGGCAAGACAAACCUGCUGUCUCGUUUCACCCGCAACGAGUUCAACCACGACAGCCGCACCACCAUCGGCGUGGAGUUCUCCACGCGCACCAUCCUGGUGGGAGACGCCGCGGUCAAGGCUCAGAUCUGGGACACGGCCGGGCUGGAGCGCUACCGUGCCAUCACCUCCGCGUAUUACCGGGGGGCUGUGGGUGCUCUGGUGGUGUUUGAUAUCACCAAGCACCAGACGUACGACGUGGUGGAUCGCUGGCUGAAGGAGCUCUACGACCACGCUGAGGCCAGCAUCGUUGUCAUGCUGGUGGGGAACAAGACUGACCUGGCACAGGCUCGAGAGGUGCCCAUGGAGGAGGCCAAAAUGUUUGCAGACAACAACGGGCUGCUGUUUGUGGAGACCUCAGCGCUGGACUCCACCAAUGUUGAGGAAGCAUUCGAGACCAUCCUGAAGGAAAUCUUCUACAAAGUGCAGAAGCAGAAGCAGAGGAGCAGCCAAAGCAACACGGUGUCACUUGCGAGUGAGAGCCCUGCGAGCACAGCCCCAGCACAGGCAGAGAGGCGCCCGUGCUGCGUGGCCCUCUGAGCACCCCAGGAUGUCCCCAGGGACCCCCACAAGCCCGGGACACACCAGUGGCCCCCAGCACCAGCUGGUGUCACCCUGCCCACAGUGCCACCCCUGUCCUGGUGCAGUGGGGUCCAGCAGCCUGGACAAGGAGGGGUUAAAUUGUGCCAUAAACAGUGAGAAGCCGCAGUUCCAGGAGCUCUUCUCUCUCUGUUGCAUUUUUGCUGGGCCCUGAUUAGCAUCACCACUGUCACGAAUUGUUUCAGCCCUUCUGGACCUGCAGGGCAAAAUGACCAGGACACCCUCUGGGGAAGGAGCCAGGAGGUUCUGGGCAGGGUCAUGCCAGCAACAGGAGCCUCUCUGAUUACCUGGGGCUCCUGUAGGGCCACCCUGUGCCCUGCACUGAGAUGAGGCUGCCCUGCAGGUGUCUGUCCCAGCAGGGACUGCUCUGGGGUGUGAAGUGGCAGCACUCAGCCCUUGGCUGCCCCAGCAGG